ACUCAGUGGUGAGGACUUCCUCCCUCUCUGUGCACUUAUACCACACACACUCACACGCACCAGACUAGAACUUUCCUUUCUCAGAUCAUGAUGAGAAUCCUUCAGUUCCUUGUCGUUUUACUUGGUGGAGUGGCUGCAGCACAGCAACAGGCCUUAAUGGACUACUUAGAGAGGAGACUGCUUGCGAUUGAGGAUCGUAUCUCCUUGUGGCAUGAACAGACAAGCCGCUACACUUCAGAGCUGCGGGAGCUCAAGCAGCAGAUUGUAGCUCAGCUUGAGGGCCUGGAUAAGAACAAGGAGGCACUAAGGAGUGAGCUGGAUGCAGUGGGUGUCCGUGUUGACCGGGUGGAGCGUGAGAUGGAUUAUCUCGGGACACAGAAUGGAGCACAACCCUGUGUGGAUGUGGAUGACAAGCUGGUGGAGCAGCAGGUGACUGUGGCCAAGGAGAGGAAUAAGUCCAAAUAUGCCAAGCUCACAGACUGCAGUGACAUGGUCUCAAGCAUUAAGGGCAUGAAGAUUCUCAAACGGAUCGGUGGCACUAAAGGCAUGUGGACUAAAGACAUGGGUGUCUCCACUGGGAAGGUCUACCUCUUCAACGGUACAGGGGAGGACACACUCUAUGAGUUCAGUUCUGUGCGGGACUUCACCUCCUCCCUAGGCAUCGUAGCAGGCAAAGCUGUCCAACUUCCCUCCACCUGGCAAGGUAUGGGUCAUGCUGUGUACAACAAUCAUCUGUAUUAUGUGAAGGUCAGUGAGGAGAUAAGGCUGGUGAAGUUCGACCUACAGAAAGGUUCUGUGGUGGACAGUGCUGUCUUCCCAGCCAACGACCAGCUCCCAGUCUACAGUCUUAAUGCUGAAACCUACAUCGACUUGGCUAUAGAUGAAGAAGGUUUGUGGGCCAUUUAUGCUACAAAGAAUAAUGAGAAACAUGUCUCAUUAGCCAAGGUGGACCCUAAAACUCUGGCCAUCCAACAGAUGUGGGAUACACCUUGCCCAAGGGAAAAUGCAGAGGCAGCUUUUGUAGUGUGCGGCACAGUCUAUGUAGUCUACAACUCCAAGCUUCCAAGUCGCUCCCGUAUCCAGUGUGUUUUUGAUGUGAGUGAUAUGGUAACCACUGAUGAUGCUCCUACAGUGUAUUUUCCAAAGCGUUAUGGCACUCAUUCAAGCCUCAAAUACAGUCCCAUGGAACAGCUAGUCUAUGCUUGGGAUGAUGGCUACCAGAUUCUUUACAAGUUGCAAAUGAAGAAAAAACUGGAGGUGUAGACUGUAUUGAAGUAGCUUCCAACCAACUUAAACAAAAUCUGCUAAGCCUGGUAAACCCUGGUUUGAUGCGCAUUUAUGUUGGAUAAGUUGCUGAGGUUUUAGGACUGAACCUUAAUCAUUUACCUAAUCAUGUACCUAAAAGUACCAUUUAUUUGUAAUUUUAUGCCAUAAAGCCUUUGCAAUAGCACAUUUCCCCAUUUAUAACUAUUAUGUAAUUGUUUGCCAGGGUCAAAAAGUAUUACAAAAUGUUCAUUUCAUGGGACUAAGUAUAUGUUUAUAGAUAAAGCCUUGUACUACUGUACCACCUACUGUACUGGCUACCAAAGACAACCAGAGCUUCAAAAUGAAAUACCUAUAAUAAUAAUUUGCAAAUGUUUAUGCCUAGAAUAUAUCCUUAUAUUAUGCUUAACUAUUUUCCUAGCUGUUUAUUGUUGUAAACAACUGAACAUUAAAGUGGACAAAUAGAACAAA